AUGGACCUCCCGCCACAGGGCAUCCUUGAGUUUCAGCAUUGGCUGAAGUAUAAGGAUAUGUACGGCCCAAUCAGUUCGAUUACCGUUCUGGGCCAGACGCGCAUUAUUCUUCACGAUAAAGAGGCAGCACACGACCUUUUAGAGAAGAUUUCCACCAAGACGUCAGGUCGACCAAAGUUCGAGUUUGCGAAUACGUUAUGCGGCUUCGACAAAUUUGUCCACGCCCUGGACCUUGAUGAUACCUUGCGGCUGUACCGAAGAUUUAUACACAAGCACCUAGAUCAACCAGGAGGUCUAGUUAAGCACUUGAAAACGAUGUCUGGCGCAAUCAUCCUGAAAUUGACCUACGGCUAUUCGAUCGAGGCAAACAAAGCCGAUCCACUAAUUGACUUGGUCGAUCGUAUGAUGGUCAAUGUAUCGCUUGCACAUAUGAUUCAGGCCUGGAUGGUUGAUAUCUUCCCUGCACUAAAGUAUUUGCCCGAUGCGCUUCCCGGCAUGACAUUCAAGAAGACGGCACGAGAAUGGAAUAAGAUCAAUCAGGCGGUAGCAAAUAUUCCAUACUCAUUUGUGCAGCACCAGAUGGCCAAUGGCAACAAUCGGUUCGAUGAUCGAGACAAGCUGCCAUACACUAGCGGCAUAGUCAAGGAAGCCCUCCGAUGGUCCCCGGUCCUGCCGCUAGGCACUCCUCAUGUGAUUACAGAGGAUACGAUCUACAAGGGUUAUCUUAUCCCUAAGGGGGCAAUCCUAACCCCUGCAGUAUGGUGGUUCUGCCACGAUCCCCAGGUAUACGCCGAGCCACAAUUAUUUGACCCGGAGCGAUACCUGGAACCGCGCAAUGAGCCUGAUCCUAGUAUUCACGUAUUUGGAUACUAG